UCUCGGUUUCAGAGGUUGCUAAAAAAUGAAUUUUAAAAUGGUUAUUUCAUCAGAAGGAUUCCUAUAUUAUCGAUGCAGCUUAGAAUUGUUAUAAGCCGGAAAAUGGGUUAUGCUUUGCGCACCGAAAAUAUAUUGUAGAUUUGAAAGAUAUUAUUCAAUUUGAUUUUAUUGUUUCUCAUCGAUAUAAAGUACAAUGAAGCUCACGCGGGUAUUAUACAAGCAGCAUAUAGGUAGGAUGAUUAGAAAACUGUGGUACGUGAAGCGAGAACGUAAAAUAAUUGACACCAAGACGGAAGCAUACUUGUCGACGUUGAGAAUUUCGGUGAAGGACGCCUCGGAAGUAGCCUGUCCGAAACAAGAAUUUCCAAGGGUAAAUUUAGAGUUUCUGAAGCCAAGGCAAAUAACGUUUGACGAAACGCAUCCUGACUGGAAGGCUCAGGCUUGCUUGGUAUUUGAGGAUCGUAAUAUCCUGCAAGAGGGAUUUUCUCAAGCACAGAUACUGACAAAUACUGUGUGUCUGCCGGACAGUUCUUCAAAUUAUAUCCAAGAUUCAGAUUUAAAUCUGCCGGAACAUGUAGAUGACAUAGUAAAAAGGAUAAUUUAUACUUCAAAUAUAUUUGACGCUCAUCAAGAAAAAUUGCCAAAAAGGAAGGAUCCUGAAAGACCUGCGUGGGUGUUUCCUAGAGAUUUUGGCAUAACCAAUAAGAGAAAAAUGCGAAACUUGUCUAGGAAACUUAUACAACUUUGCGAGUUAUUGUCGGGUCCAGAUAUCGCGCAGAAACGAUGUAUUUUGUAUGAUGGGAUAACAAAGUUAAACUUAGAUAAAGAAUCGGACCUCAUUCAAUUUACCCUAAGAUCGGAUGUGGCGGUCAUGUCGUCGAAUCCUCUAAAACCAAUAGAAAGUUCUGACAGCAAUAUGGAAAUAGAGCUCCCAAAUAUACAUCCAAUGCAUCACACCAUCGGUUUGAAUGCGACAAACAUUUACAGAACUGAGGACAUAUAUCCUCUCAGUGCAACAUCGCCUUGGAUGAACGUUCAUACCAUCUUUGUGCACUACGACCCCGAGGAAGUGAAAAAUUUGACGGAAUUAGCUGUGAUGCAGAGUCAAAUUUUUGGUCGCACUCUGAUAAAAACGUACACCGCGGCGGCGUCAUGUGCACGGCAGAAGUUCGGUUCAUCCGUGAAGAAACUGCCAGAACCCGUGACCGUGCAAUGCAUUCAAUCGGAUGGGAAGAACUAUCACUUUUUCAUAUUUCAACUCAAUUCGUUGGACGCCAAUGACGCUCGUGUGAAGAAUUUCUGGUGUCCUCUAUCGCCGUUGACGCUUUACGAGAAAGCUGAAUAUGACGUUGGCAGGCCAGUAGUCGAGGGAUACAAUCCGGAGGUAUUCAGAAGAAUACUUGCAUUUUACAGGAAUGGAAAUUAAAUGAAAUCUGUGAAAAUAAAUGAAAUCGUUAACGGAUUUUCUAAUCUUUU